AUGGCCACCGAACCCGUCAGCCUAGAGCAAAUCGUAGCAGCAAUGGAUUUAGACAAGUACUUCUCCCACCACAGCCUCGAUAAUCUCCCCGCAGAAUCUGGAUUAGACGGUGAAUUCAGUCUUUACAAGACACUGAGUGGCUUUCCCCUACAGCACAAGGCCCUAACGAGGCUCCGCCGCUGCGCUUUCAUUGUAGGCCCCAUCAUGCGCCGCCGCGGCUGGCAAAUGCCCAUUCUCUCCGAACUUCUCCCCUUCGACGACUGUCUGGGCAAGACCUAUUUCACCCGCCAUAUCCGCUACCGAACGUUGCGCAAUGAAGUAACGCUGAUACCGCAGGAAAUGCGGUUACGACUGCGGUAUCCCAAUGAUCCAGGAUCGAUACUGCCGAUGAAGCAAAUCAUGCGGACUGUACUGCAUGAACUUGCGCAUUUCCAUCAUCGUAAUCAUUUUUUCUCGUUUUAUCGGUUCAAUGCUGUGUUGCUGGCUGAACUGGAGUGCGAUGUUCGAGAGGGAUGUCAUAGGGAGAAGGUGGGCUGGAGGGAAAUUCCGAGCAUGGUUGCUAGUUGCGAGGAGAUGCGAAAUUCUAUGAUUAGGGAUGCUGGGGAGAAGAUUAGAGCGUUUCUUGGUUCUUUGCAGGAGAUGCAGGAUAAUUUAGUAUCUGUCAGUGGUAGGCACAGAGUGAAGGAACUGGAAUGA